AUGAAUGAUGUUAAAAAACUCCAAAACAUUCUUAAAGGUAAACGUAAUGAAGAAGAUUAUAUUAAAUUAGAACAAGUUACUACAAAAUCAAGGGAAAGCAUGUUUAUUAAAUCAAAAGAACGGUUAAUAAAAAAGUUUAACAUACUUCAAAGAAAACAUGCAAAUGAAAAAGAUAUUGCGAGAAAAACAAAAAAAUUUAAAAAGGGCGCAGUUUUAAACCUUUUCGAUACCGAUAUUUCCAUAAGUCACAAUGAUUUUCUAAACCUUGGUCCAAAUUUUGUACCAUCUUUAAAGUCGAUACCAUACAUGGAUAUUAUAACAACAACAGAGUCUUCUGCGUUAAAAUUAGAAUACAACAACAAAGUAGAAAACGCACAAGAUUUAAGGAAAAAUCGUUUUUCUAAAGAGGAAUACGAAAAAAUGUAUCCAAGUGAUCCUAUCCCACCUCGAUUGUAUGGAGUAGUAAAAGCUCAUAAACCAGAAAAGUCGUACCCUAUGAGAAUAAUUAUUUCUAUCAUUGGCACACCAAACCACGGAAUAUCAGAGUUCUUAGUUAAAACAAUACAGCCAGUCUUAAAUGAAAAUCCGAUACGAUUAAAAAACUCUUUUGACUUUAUAAAAAAAGCAGAAAAUUGGAGUGUCGCUAACAAUGAUAUUCAAGUGUCUUAUGAUGUUGUAAAUCUGUACCCGUCAAUUUCGUUAAAAGAAGCCACCGUUAUACUUUUAGAACAAUUAAAUAAGAGUUUAUCAUAUAAAAACUUAACAAAACUAAGUAUACCUGAAAUAAAACAACUCAUAGAACUUUGCUUAUAUCAAUGUUAUUUUCAUUGGAACAAUGAGAUUCACAUCAUGGAAAACUCAGGAUCAAUCGGGCUUUCUUUCAUGGUUGUUCUCGCGGAAUAUGUUGAUGACAUUCAUGCAAGAUUUUUUAACAUCGAACAAGCAAAACAGUUCCAAGAUAUUUUAAAUCAACAACAUCCUGCAAUACAAUACACAAUUGAAGUUAAAAACGAGACAAAAACACUUAACUUUCUUGAUAUAACCAUUACAAAUAAGACACUAGGAAAAUAUGAGUACAAAGUAUAUCGAAAAGAGGCAAUCACUAACAUUCAAACUAAAUCGCAUUCAAGUCACGAUCCAAAUAUUUUAACAGCUAUAUUUAAAGGUUUUCUCAUAAGAACUUACUCCAUCUGUAGUAAGCAUCAUUUGCAAAAUGAAAUAAAUUUUUUAACUGACAUGAAAAUGGGUACGAUGAAAAGCUAUUGA